CCUUUACUUCACAAACCCACAAACGCCCCCCACACCGCCGCCAUGUCCGACGACGAUGAUUUCAUGCAGGAUUCGGAGGAGGAUUACGACUUCGAAUACGAAGACGAUGAUGAAGAGCAAGGCGGCGAUGUAGAUGUCGAAAACAAAUACUACAGUGCAAAACAACUCAAGAGCGAUGACCCAGAGGCUGCAAUCGACGAAUUCCUCGCAGUGCCCGCGCUGGAGGAAGAGAAGGGAGACAUGGGUUUCAAAAGUCUUAAACAAGCCAUCAAGCUAGAGUUCAAGCUCGGCCGGUAUGACCAGGCUGUGGACCAUUACAAAGAACUGCUUACGUAUGUCAAGUCGGCUGUAACGCGAAACUACUCGGAAAAGUCCAUCAACAACAUGCUUGAUUUCAUAGAAAAGGCGGCUGAGGAUGCCGAGGCUUAUCGUUGCAUGGAGAAAUUCUAUGCCUUGACACUGGAUACGUUCCAGAGCACAAACAACGAGCGGCUCUGGCUGAAAACCAAUAUCAAGCUUGCAAGGCUUUGGUUGGACAGGAAAGAGUACCGCCAACUGACGGACAAAGUACGAGAGCUGCACAAGGCAUGCCAGAAAGAGGAUGGCUCCGAUGAUCCCAGCAAGGGCACUUACUCGCUUGAGGUGUACUCCCUGGAAAUUCUCAUGUAUGCGGAGACGAGGAAUAACAAGCGCCUCGGGGCACUCUAUCAACGAGCACUCAAAGUGAAAUCCGCAGUCCCACAUCCCAAGAUCAUGGGAAUCAUCCGAGAGUGUGGUGGCAAGAUGCACAUGAGCGAAGAGAACUGGAAGGGCGCACAAAGUGACUUCUUUGAGAGCUUCCGAAACUACGACGAAGCAGGCAGCCUCCAACGGAUCCAGGUCCUCAAGUACCUUGUGCUCGCGACCAUGCUGUCGGGUUCGGACAUCAAUCCCUUCGAUUCGCAAGAAACCAAGCCCUACCAGAACGAUCCUCGUAUUUCCACCAUGACGGAUCUUGUCAAUGCGUAUCAGCGAGAAGAUAUUCACGAGUACGAGAAGAGUCUGCAAAAUAACCCGGACUUGCUCCAAGACCCAUUCAUUGCCGAGAACAUUGAUGAGGUGACGCGGAACGUGCGGACCAAGGCAGUGAUUAAGCUGGUUGCACCGUACACGCGGUUCACUCUCGAGUUCAUCUCAAAGCAACUCAAGAUCUCGCUUCCCGAAGUCCAGGAAAUCGUCGGUUUCUUGAUUGUCGACAAGCGCCUUCGCGGCAAGAUCAACCAGCAGACCGGGACGGUGGAAAUCGAGAGUAGCACAGACAUGGAUCGGGUGCUUGCCAUGAAGGAGUGGAGUGCGGCCAUUGGAUCUUUGUGGGCCACGGUGCUGGACGAGGGCGAAGGAUUCAAAGCGGAAGAAGGCGGUUCGCAUUUCUCCGCUGGCGGUGAUCCGGGCAUGGUGCAACGAGGGGCUUUCAGCAUGAACGGUCUGGGAAGUCGAAGUCGGCCGGGCAAAGGCAAGGGCCCGGGCAGGCUGGUGGUGGGAGGAAGCAAAGCAUGA